AUGACUUAUCAACGACUUGAUCAAAGUUUUCUCGAGGAAAAUGAUUAUGAAUUCCUCGAAGAAAUAGGUACAGGCUCUUUUGGUAAGGUGUGCCUUAUCUAUUCUUAUCAAUAUAAGCAAAAAUUCGCCCUAAAAAUAAUACCAAUCAAAGUUUUCGACGAAAAUGAAAUAAAAUCACUCGCUUCAAUAGAUUGUCCAUUUAUCACACGCUUAUACCAAUAUAUGAUCAUGAAAGAUGUUGUCUACCUAGUCAUGGAGUUCGUCCCAAAUUCAUUGCACAAAAUGCUUCAGGAAAAAGGAGCAAUUGAGGAAUCUAAGUGCAUCUCAAUAGCUCGUCAACUGUUAACAGGAAUCAAAACAUGCCAUGAACACAACAUCUCUCAUGGAGACAUUAAAUUAUCAAAUGUUCUUGUAGAUGUCUACGGUAGACCUAAGCUUUGUGAUUUUGGUAUGGCCUCUGUAUCAGAAACAAAAAGAUUUUUCAAUUUUCAAUUCCGAGGAUCUUUUCCUUAUGUAUCUCCAGAAAUACUUCUUAAACGCCCUUAUGACCCAUUAAAAGCAGAUAUAUGCGCAUUUGGUGUAUUACUAUAUAUCAUGCUUACAGCCAAAUGCCCAUGGAGUGGUAAAGAUGCAAAUACCCUUACAAGUAACAUUUUUGCUGGAAAUGUUAAUAUUGACCUUAUUACAAAUCCAGACCUAGCCAAUGUGAUAAAAAUGUGCCUAUCUAUAGAUCCUAAAAAGAGACCGACGGCAGAUGAGCUAACAAAUAUGUAUAUAUUUACUGAUAGUCAUUUACCACAAUUGACAAAUGGAUUUACAAUGAUGCGCAACAAACAAACUAAUUUGUCGAAGUCAUUAAAUUUAUCGACCUUUGGAAGGAGCUUCCCAAGAUUAUGCAGUGCAUCAUUAUCUCGCUUGAACUUAACUGAUAUUAAUCAGUAA